AACCGCAUCGCAUGUACGUACGUACAUGAAUCAGUCCCGCACUUGACGUAUAGCGAGAAGGUGUCAUAAAAGCGUGCACACAGCGAUCUCCACGAAAAAUGACAGAACGGUCUCAACACCAGAAACAUUCAAUUACACACCAGCACCAGCAGCCGGCUCUGUACAAGUGCGAGCAGCCAUCGAUGCUGCUCUGUGUGUCCGCCAUCUAGAUCUUGACGAUGUGCUGCAGCACCCUGGAGUGUCGGUGUGGGUGCACCUCGCCGUCGAUCCAACACGUCAGCUCCUCCAUCAAAUCCUCACCUGAUACACACACAGACGCGCACACACCCCUCAAUCAGAUUGAGCGAGAGUCUGGGUAUGUGAGUGUCAGGUGGCGAGUGCGCCACACCUGAGUUUUGUGCGUUGAGGCCCCACUCAGAGUGAUGCGACACGUCAGGCACGCCUGCUCACACACAUUGCAGAAAUUGUGAGGGUGCAGUGCACACGACAAACAGCCAGCCAGCACGAGUGUGGUUUGGAGCGUGUUGGAGUCCCCAUUCACCUUCGAGCGUGAGGAGGAUCCGUGUCUUGAACUUCUCGCUCACCUGAGGGAAGGAACCACAGCCACACACAUCGAGACACACACGGUGCGCCUGUCUGCACGUGGCCGCCGCACACCUGUCCGAAUUGCAUGAUGUCCUUUGGCCUCGUCAAGUGCCAGAAGCGACUGAACUCCAAGAAGACAAAGCAGUAGAUGGUCGAGAAGAUCGACAGCGGGUCGGCCGGAUUACUACAGACAACAAACGCAGGAAGAGAUUUGCAAGGCUGUGAGAGUUGCGCCAGUGAGUGAAUGACGGGUCGGUUGUACUUGUAGAAGAACACGCGAAGGUGACCCUCGUCCAAAAACUGCGUCAGCCACGCUGUGAUGUUCAACCCUACACAUACACAGCAGCAAUACAAUCCAAGGGCUCCCUUCUGUGCAUCCAUCCUUUCUCCCACCCACCUCACUCACCUGUGCUGGCGAAUGGGAACCAGUAUCUGGGGUCGUGUGUCGACUCAUGCAGCACCUCCCUCGCACGCGGCCCAUGGGUCCUGGCGAAGUAGGCCAGGUUCUUCAGCCCCAGCACACCCACGCCACGAAAAUCCUUGGACGGCUCCUGGAACCCGAUGCUCUUCCACGCCUCCAUUCCCUCAGCGCUGAUGGGUCCGAGGCCGUCGGGCAGACGAGGGGGGAUGCUGCCUUCGGGAAGGUCCUUCUGAGUGAGGCACGUCCACAUCUCCUCGAGCUCGCUGCGGUGGGCUUCGUCGGUCCAGUCGAACGGCACGGUGAGGAACUGCUUGACGGCCUUCUUGCCCUCGUUGGCCACACGGAUCUGACGAAUCACCUGAACCAACCCACCAACCACGCCGGCAGCGAGUUAGUUAUCUGCCCGGUUGGCGUGUGUGCUUGCUGUCAGUCUGCAGCCGUACCUGUUCGAGGACGGUGAGGUAUUUCGGCCUCACUCGGAAGAUGCGCGCCACCUCCAUCGUCACAUGGUGAGCCGUCCGUUUGUCAUCGUACAGCAGCUCGGACACCGUCAACAGCUGCUCCUCGAUGCGCAGUAUCAGGAUCUGCAAAGGGGCAAGCAACCGCCACGCACCACCCGGCAGCAAUGACUGUCGCAUCAGGCCAUCUGUGUGUGCGCCGCGUCCUUACGGAGUUGGUGAGUUUGGUUGGCAGUGGCGGUCCGAGGAAGAGGACACUCACGGAGUUGUCGCCCGCCAGGAGCCGCUCCAGCUUGGACAUGCCCGUGAUAAGUGUGACCACGCCAUCCAAUAUCGACACCGCCACGUUCUUGCACACCAUCGCCAUCUCACGAACUCGCCUAGCUACCAGGCAACGUUCGUUCACCCUGAGCUAAGCUCGCAGGUCUCGUCGUCGCGUGAAAGACAUGGGACUUGGCC